AGUUUCAUUAAACAUUCUUUCGCUCAGUGAAACUGGCUCUAUGUACUUCAUUAGUGUUAUUACUUAAAAUGAAAAAAUCAGUACUUAUUUUUAUCAUUUGAUAGUUAAUGUUCAAAAAUAAUCUCUUUUUUUUGAAAUUCAUAUAUCAGUAUUUUUGUGUAUUUUUUUCCUAAUCAAACAAAUUUUCAAAAUAGUUUUAACUGUGAAAAUGGGUAAAUCGGAAUUCGACAACUUGUGCAAAAUGGAUAAAUCAGAAAAACGUGUCUACAGAUUAGUAUUAACAGGAGGCCCAUGUGGAGGUAAAACAACCGGACAGUCAAGAUUAUCCACAUUUUUUGAAAAUAUGGGGUGGAAGGUGUUCCGAGUGCCGGAGACGGCCACGGUUCUACUCAGUGGAGGUGUCAAAUUUUCCGACCUGUCUGAACAAGAAGCUAAAUUAACAAAAAAAGAUGGAUCUGAUAAUAAGGAGAACAAGAAUUGUGAUAAUGGGGGGCGAACAUGUCUUCGAUGCAUGUCAGCAAUCUGCAAAGAACAUCCCGGUACUGAGGCUCUAAAAUUUCAAGAAAAUCUAUUACGAACUAUGAUGCAAAUUGAAAAUACAUUCUUUGAAUUGGGCCGAUCAUCAACAAAAAAUUGUCUUAUAAUUUGCGAUCGUGGUGCAAUGGAUGCUUCUGCAUUCAUUUCCAAAGAAAAAUGGGAGAAAAUGAUGCAAAAUAAUGGAUGGAAUAGUGUAGAACUACGCGACAAUCGUUACAAUCAUAUUGUUCAUAUGGUAUCUGCUGCAAAUGGAGCAGAAGAUUUUUAUUCAUGUGAAGAUCAUGCUUGUCGUUCAGAAGGUGUUGUAUUAGCUAGAGAACGUGAUUAUAAUGCAGCUUCAGCAUGGAUUGGUCAUCCAUAUUUUGAUGUUAUUGAUAAUUCAACUGAUUUUGAAACAAAAAUCAAAAGAAUGAUUGAGUGUGUAUGCCAAAAAUUGGGUAUUGAUACGGGUGAUCGUCUGAAGAUCAAUUCUCGCAAACUUAAGUUCCUAGUUGAAGGUCCGUUACCACCUGAUGAUAAAUUUCCAACAGGAUUCCAAGAUUUUGAUGUGGUACAUAAUUAUUUACAAACAAAAUCACCAAAAAUGCAAGCACGAUUACGUAAACGAGGCCAAAAUGGUCAUUGGAGCUACAUUCAUACAAUCAGAAAACCCCGGAUAUGUGGGCAAGUUGUCGAAGUCCGAACACAAUUAACACAUCGGGAUUAUGUCAACAUGCUGUCACAAAAAGACGAAGACCACUUCCCGAUAUACAAGAAGAGGCGUUGUUUUAUUAUCAACAAUCAGUAUUAUCAAUUGGAUAUUUACAAGAAACCAGCACAUCCAAGAUGCAAGGGGAUGAUUCUUCUAGAGACGUACACCUCGCAAGACGAAGCACAUCUAGAUCAAUGCCUACCAAAAUUUUUAAAGAUAGUAAAGAAUGUAACUGGCAACCCAGACUACUCAAUGUUUAAUUUAUCAUUAAGAGAAGAAUGGAAUACCAGUAAAAAAUUUUGCAGAACUCUUCAACAUGAUCCUACACUCGAACAAAUUAAAACUGCAGAUGAUGAAGCAGCUACAAAGAAAGCAAAUGGAACAAAUGGAACAUCCUCAGUCGUAAAUGGCAAUCACCAUCAACAAAAAUCGAUAAAAAAAUCUAAAGAAAAUGGAGUUUCGCUCAUGAAUGGAUCAAGUAAAAUCGUGAACGGAAAAGCUUAAUAUCAAUGCAAGACUUAAAUUUUAUAAAUAGUAUUCUUAACUUUAUUAUCUCUAUUUAAUAAUUAUUAUCAAAUUUAUAUAUAAUUUUAUACACUUUGCCUCCUUAGUUAUUCGAUAUGGA